AGAACAGAAAAUAUGAGGAAUUAUGGAUCACUAAUCUUAACUUUGAUCCUCUGAAACAUUCUGGGGAGAAAUGACUACGCCAAACAAGACACCACCUGGUGCUGAUCCAAAGCAGUUAGAGAGGACUGGUACUGUUAGAGAAAUAGGCUCACAAGCAGUUUGGUCACUGUCAUCCUGUAAACCAGGUUUUGGAGUGGAUCAGUUACGAGAUGAUAAUCUAGAAACCUAUUGGCAAUCAGAUGGCUCACAGCCUCAUCUGGUGAACAUUCAGUUUAGAAGAAAAACAACAGUGAAAACUUUAUGUAUUUAUGCAGACUACAAAUCUGAUGAAAGUUACACUCCAAGCAAAAUCUCUGUCAGAGUAGGAAAUAAUUUUCAUAAUCUCCAGGAAAUCCGGCAACUUGAAUUAGUGGAACCAAGUGGCUGGAUUCAUGUUCCUUUAACAGAUACUCAUAAGAAGCCUAUUCGCACAUUUAUGAUUCAGAUUGCAGUUCUAGCUAAUCACCAAAAUGGAAGAGACACUCACAUGAGACAAAUCAAAGUGUACACCCCAGUGGAAGAGAGCUCUAUUGGUAAAUUUCCUAGAUGUACAACAAUUGAUUUCAUGAUGUAUCGCUCCAUAAGGUGAACUUUCUUGAUGAGAAACAAUAAAAGUUCUCUUG